AUGGCUACUCUCCAAUUACCGCAACAAGUUCCUUCUCCUGCCCAAGACUCUGAAACCCUCAGAAAAGCGUUCCAAGGAUGUAUAACUGAUGAGAAGGCUGUGAUUAAAGUAUUGGGUCAUAGGAAUGCAGCACAAAGAAAGAACAUUGGAGACACUUAUCAGGAAUUAUACAAUCAAUCUCUCAUUGAUUCUCUCAAUUCUAAGCUUUCUGGUGAUUUUGGUAGAGCAGUGAUGUUGUGGACAUGCGAACCACUAGAAAGGGAUGCAAGGAUACUCCACAAAGUGUUGAAUUCAAAGCAAAUAGGCAUGAAUGAAUUAGCAAUAAUCAUCGAAAUCUGUGUUACAUCGUCUCCAUCCCAUUGGUGGGCUAUAAGAGACUGCUACAAUUCCCUAUUUGAAUCUAACUUCCAUCAAGACAUGAGUUCUGAUAUUGUCCCACGAUCAUUUGUAUUGAAUCUACUUCGGUUUAUAAUGCCUUUCAGGAAAAGUUUGCCAACUGUAGAUUUGGAUUCGGAUAUCAAGGAUAUUGGGGAUGAGAUGUUGGAAUCUUUGUUGAAAAUUAUGAUUAGAUGCAUUGUUUCCCCUGAGAAAUAUUUGGCAGAGGUGAUCAGAGCUGCACUUUCCUGUCCUGCCGGUAUAGAUCAUGAUUCGCUUAUAAGAGUGAUUGUGCGUCAGGCUGAAAUAGAUCUGAUGAAAGUGAGAGAAGCAUAUUUGGAGAUGAACGAAACAAGCCUUGACAAUGCAGUUAAAUGCAAUACCUCCGGAAACUAUCAGGACUUCUUGAUGGCAUUGUUGGGACAUGUUGGUUUGACAAUGCAGUUGACCACAAUUCUUCAGAAGACUAGAAAGCAUAUUCAGAGAGCAGGUCUUUUUCUUGUGUACCUGUACAAACGAAUGCUUGGAGAUAAACAUGAUGUAUGUGCUGGACUGAACUAUGGUGUGAAGCAACAUUAUAUCGUUAAAAACCUCCAAGAGCCAUCUGGCAACGGAUGUUAUCUGUUGCACGUUGAGGGUUUUAGUGACGGAUUAGUGAGGGGUUUUGAUGGAUAUCUUGGAUGCUAA